GUCUUUAAAGAGACUGGGCCAAGUGCAUUCUCCAGGGAGAUCCUAAACUCAGACGGGCACAGUGUAUCUACCCAGUGACUAUAGCCAUGCCUGAACCCGCCAAACCUGCAGCAAAGAAGAAAGAGGUGAAGAAAAAAGAAGACCCAAAGGCACCAAAGAAAGAGGAGAAGAAAGCAGAGGCUCAGGCUGAGCAGGCACCAUCAGAUGGAAAUAAAGGGGAGCCCUCCUCUCAGUCAGAUGGACUCUUCAUCAAGAAACCAGAAAAUUUGUUAACAGAGUGUGGGAAGGAUGUGGCUAUCAGCAUGGAGCUGGACGGGGCUCAGCUCCCUUGCAAGCCCACAGUCAAAUGGUUCAAAGGGAAAUGGCUGGAGCUGGGUAUUAAGAGCGGGCUGCGGUUCCAGUUCAAUGACAGCUUUGACAAGGAGAAAAAUGUUUACACCUGUGAGCUAAAAAUUGGCAAAGUGGUAAUAGGAGACCGGGGGGACUAUCGCUGUGAGGUGACGGCCAAGGACAAGUUUGACAGCUGCGCCUUCAACAUUGAUAUGGAAGCACCAAGGACAGAGGACAGUGGAAACGUGCUGCAAGCUUUCAAACGGACAGGUGAAGGUGGCAGAGACGCUUCUGCUGGGGAGCUGGACUUCAGUGGGUUGCUAAAGAAGAGAGAGGGGCAGCAUGAAGAGGAGAAGAAGAAGAAGAAAAAGGACGAUGACGAUGACAUGGGGAUCCCGCCAGAGAUCUGGGAACUGCUGAAGGGCGUGACCAAGAAAAGCGAGUAUGAGCGCAUUGCCUUUCAGUAUGGUAUCACUGACCUGCGUGGCAUGCUGAAGAGGCUCAAGAAAGCCAAGGUGGAGGUCAAGAAGAGCGCAGCUUUUAUUAAAAAACUGGAUCCUGCCUACCAAGUUGACAAAGGCCACAAGAUCAAGAUGUGGGUGGAGGUGAGCGACCCAGACUUGCCUAUCAAAUGGCUGAAAAAUGGGCAAGUGAUCAAGCCAAGCGGAAAAUACAUCUUUGAGAAUGUGGGCAAGAAACGCAUCUUGACCAUCACCAAGACCACGCUGGCCGACGACGCAGCCUAUGAGUGCUGUGCUAGGGAUGAGAAAUGCUUCACGGAGGUCUUUGUUAAAGAUCCACCUGUCCUGAUUGUGAAUGGCCUGGAUGAUCAGCAAGUGGUGGUGGGAGACAAGGUGGAGAUGGCAGUAGAAGUGUCUGAGGAAGGAGCCCAGGUGAUGUGGACGAAGGAUGGUGUGGAGCUGACCCGUGAAGAGACUUUCAAGUACCGCUUCAAGAAGGAUGGCAAAAAGCACAUUCUCAUAAUCAACGAGGCCACCAAGGAGGAUGCUGGACGCUACCAGAUCAUGACCAAUGGGGGCCAAUCAGAGGCAGAUCUUGUGGUUGAAGACAAACAGCUCGAGGUGCUUCAGGACAUUGCUGACCUUACUGUCAAAGCAGCUGAGCAGGCCGAAUUCAAGUGCGAAGUGUCAGAUGAGAAGGUGACUGGCAAAUGGUACAAGAAUGGAGUCGAGGUCCGACCCAGCAAACGCAUCACGAUUUCUCACAAGGGCAGGUUCCACAAGCUGCUUAUCGAUAAUGUGAGACCAGAGGAUGAGGGAGACUACACCUUUGUCCCUGAUGGAUAUGCUCUUUCACUGUCUGCCAAGCUCAACUUCCUGGAAAUCAAGAUUGAAUAUGUCCCCAAGCAAGAGCCCCCCAAGAUCCAUUUGGACUGUUCAGGGGGGACUCAGGAAAACACCAUUGUGGUGGUAGCUGGGAACAAGCUGCGCCUGGAUGUGGCCGUUACUGGGGAACCAGCACCUGUGGCUACCUGGCUGAAGGGCAAUGUGGCGUUUGUGGUGAAGGAAGGCCGGGUCCGUAUAGAAGAGAGGAAGGAGUUGAGCAGUUUUGUGAUAGAGAGUGCUGAGCGCUCUGAUGAAGGGAGCUACACCAUCAAGGUGACCAAUCCAUUGGGCGAGGACAUGGCAACCCUCAAUAUCAAGGUGGUGGAUGUCCCUGAUCCUCCUGAAGCUGUGCGUAUUACUUCGGUGGGAGAGGACUGGGCCAUUUUGCUGUGGGAACCACCAAAAUACGAUGGCGGCAUGCCUCUUACUGGAUACCUGAUGGAGCGCAAGAAGAAGGGAAGCAUGCGCUGGAUGAAACUGAAUUAUGACGUUUUCACUGAGACAACCUUUGAGUCCACCAAGAUGAUUGAGGGGGUGCUUUAUGAGAUGCGCGUCUUUGCUGUCAACGCCAUUGGAGUCUCUCAGCCCAGCCAGAAUACCAAACCUUUCAUGCCUAUUGCCCCCACUAGUGAGCCGGUCCACCUCACCUUGGAGGAUGUAACAGACACCACGGCCACAUUGAAGUGGCGUGUUCCAAACCGGGUUGGCGCAGGGGGUAUCGACGGCUACCUCAUUGAGUACUGCAAGGAAGGAAGUGAUGAAUGGAUACCUUGCAACACAGAGCUGGUGGAGCGCUGUGGGUUUACUGCUAAGGGGCUUCCUACAGGUGAGAAGCUUUUUUUCCGGGUCACUGCCAUCAACAUUGCAGGCAAGAGUCCACCAGCCACCUUUGCCCAGCCCGUCACCAUCCGAGAAAUUGUCGAACAGCCCAAGAUCCGUCUGCCUCGCCAACUCCGGACGACAUACAUCAGGAAAGUUGGGGAAUCAGUCAACUUGGUGAUCCCAUUCCAGGGAAAACCCCGUCCUAAAGUCACCUGGUCGAAGGAUGGAAAGCCUGUGGACCCCAAGGAGGUCAAUAUCCGCACCUCCGAUUUCGACACCAUCUUCUUCAUCCGCAAGGCCGAACGGUACCACUCAGGCGACUACGAACUCUCAGUUCAGAUUGAAAACAUGGAGGACAAGGCCACCGUCAAGAUCCGUGUCGUGGAGAAGCCAGGUCCAGCACACAAUGUGCUGGUGAAGGAGGUGUGGGGUUUCAAUGCCUUAGUAGAGUGGCAGCCUCCCAAGGAUGAUGGGAAUUCAGAGAUCACUGGCUAUUCCAUCCAAAAAGCUGACAAGAAGACCAUGGAGUGGUUCACUGUAUACGAGCACAACCGCCUUACACGCUGCACGGUGUCUGACCUCAUCAUCGGCAACGAAUACUACUUCCGAGUCUACAGCGAGAACAUCUGUGGACUCAGCGAAAGCCCCGGGGUCUCCAAAAACACAGCCUACAUUCAGAAAGAUGGAAUGAUUUCUAAACAACACAACUACAAGGAACACGAUUUCAACAUGGCCCCCAUAUUUCUGACACCACUGUUAGACCGGACAGUGGUGGCUGGAUAUACCACCGCCUUGAACUGUGCCGUGAGGGGACAUCCUAAACCCAAGGUGAUCUGGAUGAAGAACAAAAUGGACCUCAGUGGGGACCCCAAGUUCCUGCAGAAAAACAGCCAGGGGGUGCUGACCCUCAACAUCCGCAAGCCUAGUUCUUUUGACGGUGGCACUUACUCCUGCAAAGCCAUCAAUGAACUGGGCGAAGCCAUAGUGGAGUGCAAGCUGGAGGUCAAAGCGCCGCAGUAAUCUUUUUGCCACAACUGCCAACACCUGGAAGAGGUUAGAUCUCUCCCCUCUUUUUCUUCAUGGUGUCCCUUCCCACCUUGUGCCAAUGGUAAGGAAGAGAGGGAGUGGAUAUGCCUCCUUUCCUCCUCGCCCACCAAAGAAACCACGCCUAUCACAUUUGGACAGACAGAGCUACCACAGACCAGCUAACCCACGCCUGUAUCUGUCUGUGCAUCUGUGUCUGGUCAGUUGUUGUGUCAAUAAAGUGACCUUGAUGGGAUAA